GUUAAUGUAAUAGAAAUGUCAAAUUAAAAUUAUGCUAUUAUGAGUGACAUUGUAAGCAAAUACACGUGAAAAUAUUUAUUUUAUUUAAUCUCAAUAAAUUAUAAAAAAAAUGGGACACCAGAGUUGUUGUGUUGUGAAUUGUAAAAAUACCAGCAGGAAUAGUAAGUGCAAAUUUUAUAAAUUUCCGACCGUUCAAUGGAAAUUAAAUCAACGGAAUCUCUGGAUAGCUGCAGUUAAAAGGUUAAAUGCUGAUGGAUCACCGUGGGUUCCCAAGUCAUACGAUUAUAUUUGUAGUGAUCAUUUUAUUGGAGGUAAAAAAUCAGAAGAGGAGUUAAGUCCUAGCUACAUUCCAACUAUAUUUCCUUCAAUUUACAAGCGUUCGAAAAUUCAAGCGCGUAAUGAAUCGGCGGAUGAAACAAAAAUUUUCUUUAACAUCAAAUCCUGA